UGAAACCUAACGGAGAGGAGCUCAUUCACGCCUCACCUCUCUCAGAGAGCGCCACGCUCUCAUACACCGUCUUAUUUUACUGAACACUCACUCACUCACACAGUAGAGAGGUUUAUUCAGCUCCGACUUCAGGAGGAGAGGUGCAGACCCGGACUGACCACGGACUCCUCUAUAACCAUGAAUUAGCGCCGUGUGGGUCACGAUGCGAGGCUGAGAAGUUGGGGAACAGCUUGAUGUCUUUGGAUUGGUGACCCCCUUGUCUGAAGUCCAAAAUGAAUGGCUAUGCUCCCCCUGCCUACCCAUCGGGAGGCUUCAGUUCCUACCCAUCCCAGCUGAACGGCCAUGGCUCCCAGUCACCAGAGCUGCCAGCGCGCAAUGCCAAGUCCAGUGCAAAGGCUCUCUAUGAACAAAGGAAGAGCUACACUAAAACCAGCAUUAACAGUAUGACAGACACGUCGCAGUACCAAGUUGAACAUCUUACAACGUUUGUCAUGGAUCGUAAGGAUGCCAUGAUCACUAUAGAAGACGGCAUUCGUAAGCUGCGUCUGCUGGAUGCUAAAGGAAAGGUGUGGACGCAGGAAAUGCUGCUGCAGGUGGAUGAAAAAGCCGUCAGCCUCAUUGACCCGGACACCAAGAAUGAGCUGGAGAACUUCCCCAUGGGCACAGUGCAGCAUUGCCAGGCCAUCAUGAACUCCUGCAAUUACGACUCCAUCCUGGCUCUGGUGUGUAAAGAGUCUGGGCAGGGCAAACCAGACCUGCACCUCUUCCAGUGUGAUGACAUCAAGGCAAAUUUAAUACAUGCAGAUAUCGAAAGUGCCAUCCAUGACCACAAAGGCGGAAAAGUGAAGAAGAGGCCAGAGACCCUGAAAAUGAUUCUAAAAAGCGAUGGGGCUAUUCCGCCUCCUCCGGGUGGUCCCGCCCCUGAGCCCCCUGCCACUGUCGGUCAGGUGGAUGUAAAAAGCAGAGUGGCUGCCUGGUCAGCUUGGGCCAAUGAGCAGCAGGACUAUGAUAAACAGAGGCCGUACGGGGAACAUGAUGAGUCUCCGGAGAUGACUGCUGCUCGAGUGGAUCGAGACGUGCAAAUCCUAAACCACAUCCUGGACGAUAUCGAGCACUUUGUCACCAAACUCCAGAAAGCUGCAGAGGCGUUUAAUGAGCUUUCAAAGAGGAAAAAAUCUAAAAAGAGCAAAAAGAAGGGUCCGGGAGAGGGAAUGUUAACUCUGCGAGCGAAGCCCCCAGGACAGGAGGAGUUUGUUGACUGCUUUCAGAAAUUUAAGCAUGCCUUCAACCUGCUGGGAAAGUUGAAGAACCACAUUCAAAACCCAAGUGCUGUGGAUCUCGUUCACUUCCUCUUUACACCACUCAGAAUGGUUAUUCACACGUCAGGAGGAGUGGAUUUGGCAAAAAGUAUAGUAGUUCCCCUCCUCACCAGAGAGGCAAUAGACUUCCUGCACUCAGCAGGGACCCCUGAGGAGCGCCACCUUUGGGUCACUCUGGGAGAUGGCUGGACCAAAUGCAGGCUGGAGUGGCCUAAGGAUCAUUACUUCCCCCCUCACACACUGCGCUUCCGGGAUGGCUGGGAGCCACCGGUGUUGGUGUCUCGGGAGCAGGACCUGACACAGCUGGCUGAAACCCUUGCUCAGGCUGAGAUCCACAGACAGGAGGAGGUGAGCCGCAGACUCCACCAUGAGCAGCAGGCCAGAGUGCAGGAUUUCCCCAUAGCAGACGGGUAUGCCUUCAGUAACACUGCCUACCAGCGCAUGCACCUGCUGGACACAGACAUGGCAGUGGCUGCUUUUAAACAGGCGGUCAGCCGCCACAUAGAUAGAAGCUACGAUGGUAGAGGCCAGCCAAGAAAUUUUGCCAAAUCUAAAUAUGACUUUGUGGCAAGGAAUGGAACAGAACUCUCUGUGGUUAAGGAUGAAGUGGUGGAGGUCAUGGACGACAGGAAACAGUGGUGGAAGGUUCGAAAUGCGACUGGGGCCACAGGAUACGUGCCAAACAACAUCCUUGAGAUCAGCAGGGCGGUGGACAUGACUGGACGUGGAGAGCCAAUUUACAGCCAUACAAUUCAGCUAAUGAUGCCAAAGAAGGAGUUUGAGCUGUUCAAGCAAUUGCUGGGAGAAUUAAACGAGAAGCAGAGAACAGACUAUGUACCAAAGCCUGUAUCGACCGCCAUCCCGCCGGCUCCGACGCCACCUCCUCCUGCUCCUGCACUGGUGCAGCUGCCCACUCCCCCACUUCCCCCUGCAGCUUUCCCUCCAGCCACAGAGCCCCAGAGGAACUCACCCUCUAACAUCAGUCGCCAGAACAGCAGCAACUCCAGUGACAAUGGCAGCGUCACCAUGAGGGACCACCAAAAAGAGAGUUUUGCGCCCUCUAACCGCCGCAAGUCGAACAUGGAGGAGGUGCAGGAUGAGCUGAUGCACAGGCUGACUCUGGGUCGCAGUGCUCAGAAGAAAUUCCAGGCUCCUCCUCGUAGUGCCAGCCUUCCCGCAGUAAACAUCACCUACGACUCGCACCCGGACGAGGUCCGAGCCUGGCUCGAGGCCAAAGGCUUCAGCGCUGUAACUGUGAACAGUUUGGGGGUCCUGACUGGAGCGCAGCUCUUUUCUCUUAAUAAAGAUGAGCUGAAGACUGUGUGUCCUGAUGAUGGAGCCAGAGUCUACAGUCAGGUCACUGUCCAGAAGGCAGCCCUUGAGAGGAGCUCUGGCUCCGAGCUGCAGGAGAUCAUGAGGAGGAGGCAGGAGAAAAUAGCAGCGGUGGCCAGCGACUCGGGGGUGGAGUCUUUUGAUGAGGGCAGCAACCACUGACACCUCCUCCUCCUCCCCCUCGCCCUCUUUCAUCCUUCUCACGUUGUCCUUUUUCUAGGACGCAUCUGAGCGUGCCCAGUUCGCAGCCAUCAUGCGCCGCAGACAGGAGCUCCUGGACCCACCGGACAACGGAACCACCUCGGACGUAGACUAAAGCGCUUUACACCCCACCGUGAAAUGAAGGAGUACUGUAGAUGUAGGUUUUUGUACACUACUCGCAUCAUUAGACCAAAAUAAUGCAGCCAAGAUUUCACUAGUUUAAAAAAAGAGACAUCCGAAAAACACAUAGUUGUAGCGCCAUUAAGUUAAGCAUUAAAUCAAUGUUUUCAAUCAUUAAUAUUCUAUUAAAAAGUGAAUGAGCUGAAUGUUCAUUGUGUAGUCCUGCUGUAAUUUGUUUGGGAGGAAGCAGACUGAAACAUUUCGGAUCAGAGCGUCUCAGAAAGAAUCGUAAUGUGUGCUUGCAAACAAGUCAGUGGUGGAGAAUGUGAUAUAAGUGGAGAAGGGCACAUUUAAACAGUGUCUUUUUGGAGUAGUUUUAUAAAAAAAAGGAAAUGUUUCCAGUGAUGAAUGAAGGACGAAGAUUCGAGGACACUGAAAUGAAGCUGAUUUGCUGGACUUUAAUAUGAACUUUUUUUUUUGGUGGAAUGAUUUAGAUACAAGUGUCCACUGUGAAUGUGAAGCCUCAGAUUGUAAAAUGGGUUAUCAGCUCAGAAUGUAGUCGUGCUGGAUCAGAGCUCUGGGCCAUUUAUUGGUUAUGAAUGUUAUAUGAAUGGAAAAGAGGAGAGAGUAGGUGGCUAUCAUUGUGUACAUUUUUGUUUGCUGGCAAAGAAUGAAUAUUUAUAUAUAUAUAUAUGAUAAUUUCAAUUUAAGCAUAAUGCCAAAAGAGUAAGUUUAUAAUGACUGGCAGUCAUUGUGCAGCAGAUGUGGCCACGUAACAGUACCUGUUUGAAAACGCCUUCAGCCGUAUUUUAUGAUUUCAGGGAUUUUUUUCAUACUGCUUGCCUGUAAAGCCUACCCAGACUAGUUCAGUUCUUCCAAGAGCUGCAUGAUUUAGUUACUCCCCAGUUUUUAAUAUCAUUUUUGAUACUCUCUGGCAUCAUUUUAUCAGAAUCAUUUUGCAGUUGAACAAAUGAUUAAAAAUCAGAUUAAACACAUUUUUUAGAUUGCAGUUGUUUACUUUCACAGUCAGAAAGGUGGCAUUACUAAUAGUAACACUCACUCUGAAGACUGGACUUUUAAUAAUCAGGGUCAGAAUGACCCAAACCGACCUAAACUAUUCAUUAUAUGGUACCUACAUGUAUGAUUUCCCCCCAUAUUUUCAGUUUGUGUCUCAUGUAUCUCAAGUGCCAUGAUCAUAAAUGAAGCUAAUUUGUCAUCUCCUCAUCCACACACAUCAUCCUGUUACAUUUAACCCUCCUGUUAUUUUAACUGUAAGUAAGUACAAUAAAUCUGACGUGUUUUACAACCAUGUGUAACAAUCGAAAGGGUUAAAAAUAAUUAAAAGUAAUAUUUGUCUCUAACAUUUAUCUUUCGCUUAGUUUGUAAAAAACAAAAAAAAUAUGAUCAAUAUUUUAAUGUGAUCAGAAAUGUUACUCUUUUACAGAUCAUGGUUCACUUGCACAAAGAUAACUCACAGUUAAGAACAAACAAAAAAUACUUGCCCUAUGUUUUGGUCUAAAUUGUACAUAUUUACUGACCCAAGGAGAAUUUAGGAGAAUUUGUAAUCACAUUAAAUUGGUCAUUUUUCGUUUAUAUGUUUAUUACACUAACUAAGUCUAGCAAAAAAGGAUUCAAGCUCCAAAUAUGAUUAAAUAUAUAUUAUCGGUAUUUUUUUUUUCACUUUGAAUGGGUUAAUUUAACCUGUAAUAUAACAGGAGGGUUAAAAUGCUUAAAGCCUUAUUAAAGGCUCAUUUUGUUAAUCUUACAAAUCAUUUACUCUCUUUUCCCACUCAUCUCUCUGUUCAGAUCUGUUUAGUUUAGCUCUGUUCUGUUCUACUGUGUGAAAGCAGUGCUCUUCACUCUGUGCUUUGGUUAAAGGACGGCCAUUCUCUGUUAACUGAACAGGAAAUGGGAACAACUUCAACAAGAAGCGUUGUGCUGAUAAAGAUACAGAAUAAAUGGAUACAUAUAACAUUG